GGUUGAGCCAGUCGUGAGUGCGCCAUGACCGAAGUGAAGCACCAAGGCCCUACCGUGAGGGUUUCCGCACCUUCCCUCCACGAGAUCACGUCUGCGAAAAGGCCUCCGCAAAGGUCGCCCUUCGCCAUUCACGAGCUGCUCGGCCUCGGAGGAAACGGCAACGAGCACAAUGCCGACAUCUACAGACCCCACAACAAUAACAACAACAACAACCACAGCCACCACCAGGCGUCAUUACACACGCAGGCCAUGUUUACGGCUUCGAGGAUGGCCUACUUCAACGCACAGGCGGCCGUCGCCGCUGCAACGGCUUUCCUCCCUCAGCCGCAGCCGCCUCUCCAUCACGCCGCACCUCCACCAGGUUUUGCUCAACUACAGAAGAACGCCGGUUCGUUCCCGACGCCGGCCGGCUGCAUUCCCAGCCUGGGCCACCUCCACCAAGAGUCGAGCAAGGAGUUCUCGUCGGAGACGCUCGCAGGUUUCGGUUCGACGAAGAAAAAGAAGAAAAGGAGACACAGAACCAUAUUUACCAGUUACCAGUUGGAAGAGUUGGAGAAAGCAUUCAAAGAAGCCCACUACCCGGAUGUCUACGCGAGAGAAAUGUUAUCCUUGAAGACAGACCUACCGGAAGACAGAAUACAGGUCUGGUUCCAGAACCGAAGGGCCAAGUGGAGGAAGACUGAAAAGUGCUGGGGGAGGAGCACCAUCAUGGCAGAGUACGGCCUCUACGGUGCCAUGGUCAGGCACUCGCUUCCCCUACCGGAGACCAUCCUCAAAAGUGCUAAGGAGAACGAAUGCGUGGCUCCCUGGCUCUUAGCUGCCAAAACUCAGGGACACCUUUUCGAUGACGGUAUGCACAGAAAGUCAUUAGAGGCGGCGGACACGCUGAAGGAGGACACGAUGACUUCCGGCGGAGGGUCUGAGCGAGACGAAGAGUCCGAAGGUUGCGGAGGCGGCGGAGGCGGGAGCGAAGACCCAGAACAGUUCAGGAACAAGAGCAUAGCCUGCCUAAGGGCGAAAGCCCAAGAGCACUCGGCCAAAAUCCUAGGCCUCGGGAGCGGGGGAGAUUCCGGAGGCGGAGGCGAAGUUAUGAGGCACCAGCAACAGCAGCAGCAGCAACAGCAGCAACAACAACCGCCCGACUCCAACGGCAACACAGUGCAGCACCACAUAUACUAAAAGCGAGGUUCAUCCGACACCGUUCUGAAAACCGGGGUUUUUUUUGGUCUAGUCGCGUAUAUAUCAAUAAAAAGAACACACUUCGAUUUUUAUAUAGUGUUUCAAGGCAUCAUUUCUUAAUAAUUCUCCCCAAAAGAUUUUUUACUCAAAUUUACGUACUUAACCAUUUUCUUUUAUAAAUUUAACAAUAGUUUUUGGUGUUUCUAGUAUGAUGUAUGAUGGGUCCGUCUAAUUUCGCUGGUCCUCUCUCAAAUCGGUCUAGACAUGCAUCGAUGUAGCCUGAAACACUCUGUAUUAAUAGAAGUCGUGAAUUCUCGCCGCCCUGGAUUAUUUUAUGGAAACCGCGACCCCAGAUUUUCAAAAAGGUGUUGCCCGAUACCGCCUUGAGCAACAAAAGGUCAGCGAUAGCAAAAAGUGCUCAAAAUUUUAUCCGACAGUGUUACCGAAGACGCCGAUCAUCAACAUCGAACCCAGCAGUUCCGACAACGAAAACAACUCAUGUGUACCUGUCAGUGUCCGCUCUAGAGACCUUUUGAUCCUCAAGAACAUAGAAAUAAAUAAAUGUGGGUGGGAGGCAGUGUACAAUUGUAUAUUUAAA